CUGCUGCUAUAGUAACAUGAAGACAACACAGCCUGCCUUUUGCUCCUGACCUGGAACAAAGAGCUUAGAAUGUCAUGCCUAGAAGUCUGGUGGCAACUACGCAUUUUCUAAACAAAUACAGGAAAUAGUUUUUGUCAAUAAGGAAUGAUAACACAAAGCCAGACUAUUGCUGAUCCCCACAGAUGAGUGGUGAUAAUCAUAUCCAGCUUAUCAAGACUAAAGAAAUGUUCCUGCAACCAGCAAAGGCAUAAAGAAGAUGCUUGGUGAACUGAUAUCAUCAAGAUAUGGAGAAAUAUGAUAAAGUCCUGACUCUUGGCCAAGGAGGAGCAGGCGUUGUGUCACUGAUGAAACAUGUUGACACAAAGAAGUUAUGUGCAGUCAAGAGAAUACACGUGGACAGUUCCAGAAAAACAAAGACCAAAGACGUUGUGUUGCAAGAGGCGAUAGUUCUUCGCAGCUUGAAGCAUCCUCAUAUUAUAACAUGGAUUGACACGUUCUUUGACGCAACUAAUGAAAGUAUUUACAUCGUCAUGGAUUAUUGUGAUGGUGGAACACUAGAUGACCACAUUAAAGAGCAGAAAUGUGGAGAACACUUUACAGAAUCCAACAUCAUGGACUGGUUUGUGCAAGUGGUCAUGGCUGUCAGUUACAUCCACUCUGAAAAGAUCCUUCACAGAGAUAUCAAACCUUCCAAUGUGCUGUUAACCAAAAGAGGCGUGAUCAAGCUUGGGGAUUUCGGAAUAUCAAAGAUUAUGAAUCACACACUUGAUAUGGCCUCCACUUGUGUUGGAACCCCCAGUUAUUUGAGUCCCGAACUCUGUCAGGAUGUCCCAUACAGCACCAAAUCUGACAUAUGGGCCGUUGGCUGCCUACUAUAUGAGCUCUGUGCACUCAAACCAGCGUUUCAAGCCAAAAAUCUCCUAAGUCUCUUUUACAAGAUCAUAAAAGGGGAGUACAUCAAAGUCCCUGAGAUGUACUCAGAAGACAUCCAUACAUUAAUCGAGAAAAUGCUGUCCUUGAUUCCUGAGAACAGACCAAGCGCAGCUAGCAUACUUAGCAUGACCUAUGUGCAAGAACAUCUGGGAAACUUCAUCACAAAUCAGGAAAAAGAACUUACGAAGGUGAAUGCUGAAUCCAGACCUCAAACUAAAGAAGACUUUACUGUAGAUAUGGAAAGCAGAACAGAUUGUGCCUCAGCUGUCUUUGAUAAGACACUGGAAAUAGAGAUGUCAGGCAUUGCUGAGGAGGAAGUGGCCCAUGAAGGAACAGAGUCGGAUUAUUCAGAGGACUUUGACGAACACGAUAGCUAUGCAUCCUCCGAGGAUGUUUCGAGAGAAGAUGGCUCCUCCAGCCUUGCCAAUGUGGCUGAAGAGGCAUUUGAGGAAUCUAGUGCUGUAUUUGAAGACGAGGAGAUUUCUGACUACCCGGAUGACUUUGAAGAAGCUGAAGAUGAUGACCUGGCAGAAGUGGUCAGCUACGCCAGAGAUGUCAUUAACUCUUCAUCUGAGAAUGAUGUGUUUGAUGUGGAGCUGGAGCUUAAAGAUGCAGAUGGUUUCUCUGUCACCAUGAAAAUGUUAAAGGAGAAAUACAUGGAGGAUGUUGGAGCCUCAGUCUAUGAGGAAAUCAGUGAGCACUUUUUGAAUGGCCUCACACCAGAAGACCUGCAGCCACAGUUUCAGCACAUGAUCGGUACUGACCAUCUGGAGACCUGCUAUCUCAUAUUCAACCUUGACCAGGAAACCACAUGCUGAAUCAUGCUGUUCCAAUUUAGGUAAAGACUCAUGAAUUGUGAAACAUUGUUCUCCUUUUGUGAUGUGAACAAUUUGACUUUUUCAUCAAGCACUCAGUACUCCGAAAUCGUUACCUCAUAUGACCAGUAGGUGGCACUAUAUAGUAAGAAAAUGUGUAACAAACCAAUCCAGAAAAUGAAAAUAUCAUAGUUUCUCAUCUUGGCACCAUUAGUCACAUCCCAAGGCCUGGAAUAUAAAACUGCUGCCUUUUAAACUCACUACACACUAAAAGCAGAAAUUUAUAAGCUACUUGGAAAAAAGAAAAGAUUUUACCCAUUUCUUCUGCCCAGAGCUCAUAUAAACUAAAUUAUCUCUCAACAUAUUCAUUAGACAACGAUUAUAAAUGAGAUAGCAGUAGAGAAUACCACUUGAACAUUUCCUACAGUGAUUUCGCUCCACUUCUGAAAUAUAAAAAAACCAAGGACUGGUGUAGAAUUUGUAAAUUUAUGGGCCACAGCUGCAGUUGUUUUCCACUUAAGGCGUUUUCCCUUAAACUUGUCCAGAUCAUUCCAGCAGGGAAUUAGUCACUGUGAUUGAGAAAUUGGCACGUGCAAUUGUAUGAAUGACCUUCUGUAUUAUAUUUCAUUUAAGAAUGUUCACAAUCUGCCUCCAGAGAAUAGUGUGUUAUCAAGCCAGCAUUAGCAAGGGAAAACUGCAUCGUUUGACACUUUGCCAGAAUAAAAUGAGAGAAAUGUCCUCAGAGAAUGUGGUUUUGGCCGUUUUACAGUAAGCAAUUUGUUUUAAUAUCUCAGAAAAAGCUGAUAUGUGUUGAUUAUACUUAGAGAUAUACUCACUCAAGAUGGUAUCAGGUUGGGCUGUUUCUUCAAGCAUUUCAUAUGCCAAGACCUUGCUUAUGUUAAACCUCUUUGUGUGUGUGUGUGUGUGUGUGUGUGUGUGUGUGUGUGUGUGUGUGUGUGUGUGUGUGUGUGUGUGUGUGUGUGUGUGUGUGUGUGUGUGUGUGUGUGUGUGUGUGUGUGUGUUAUAGUGAAAGUGAAAUAAAAAGACUAGCCAGGAAUGAAACCCCAUUUUACAAGCACAAAAACCUGAUUUUUAACUAUGCACUGAGAAAAACAUCUCAGAAGAUUAAAAAUGUAAACUUAUAUUCCCACAAAAUACAUUUAUUUUUCAUGUUAUGUUCUGGAAAGAGUAAAACAUUGAGUGAGAAGAGUCAUUCAAGAUAGAGCUUUUAAAAAAAAUGUCCAUAAGACUGAUGGAUUGUCAUGGGUGUUUCUUUAUUUAUCCAUCAAUGCAUUUGGGUAAGUGGAUGAGACUAGAAUAGAUGCAGACAGGCCUGAAAGCGCUUUAAGUUGCGAUCACCUCUAUGCCUUGUCACUUUAAAACCUGUCAAUAUUUCAUCUAUAUAGGAAAACCAGCCACUGGGAGAGCUUGUCAUCUGCGUCUUCGGGGCUUUGUACGAUGUGUGAUGCAUUAUAGAUUGAUUUCUGCAUGUGUGUUCCACUGCUUUCUUCUUGCUUUUUUGUUUGCACAUUGUUAAAAAAAAUGAGGCUAGGAUCCUAAUUAAGAGUCUUUGUUUUUGAGCUGGCAUUUUUGACAUGCAUCUUUAGAAUAAACUAAUGAAAAAGUUUCUGGAAAUGACAAGCUGACUUUUCUUCUUAGUCACUUAUGUUGUUGUUUUCUUCCGUGUCUUCUAAUUAUAACUUGCUUAGCUUGUAUUCAGAUAUAUUGUGCAUAUUAAAUGUGAUUUUACAGAUUUAUAUCAA